AUGUCAAGUCCGAUCAUCAUCGUGGGCGCCGGCGCGUUCGGUCUGUCGACCGCCCUGCAUCUGGCGCAGAACGGGUACGACAAUGUGCUGGUCAUGGACAAGGCCGAGCAGAUCCCAUCCGGCUUCUCAGCUGCCAACGACCUCAACAAGAUUGUCCGCGCCGAAUACGAAGAUCCGUUCUAUACUGAUCUAAGUCUUGUACAAACCCAGCAAGCGAUCGCGGCCUGGAAGACUCCUCUGCUCGCCGCGCAUUUCCACCAGACCGGAUUCCUGCACUGCGUGUCCGAAAACGCUCCCCCGGAGGCUGUCGCAACGCUGAACCGGUUCCAGGCUGCCGCGGAACGCAGCCCGGUCCUGCAACCGUACCUGGUGCGCGUGGAGGGUGCCCAGGCUGUGCGCCAGCACGUCUGGCAGUACAACGAGGGCACGCUGCCUGGCUGGACGGGAUACCUGAACCGAUUCGAUGGAUACGCGCAUUCGGCCGACGCGCUGCGGGCCGUGUUCCGCGCGGCGCAGGCGGCCGGGGUACGCUUCCUGCUGGGCGAGGGCGGGGCCGUAACAGAAGUGGUGCGGGCCGGGAGCGGGAGCGGGGGCGGCAAGAUCCGCGGGGUGCGCACGGCGGCCGGGCGCUUCCACGCGGCGGAGCGGGUUAUCGUCGCGGCUGGGGCGGCCGCGGGGCGGCUCGUGCCCGAGCUCGGCACGCAGAUUGUGGCCAAGUCAUGGUCGGUCGCGCAUGUGCAGCUCACGGACGAUGAGGCGUCGGCCCUGCGCGGCAUUCCCGUCACGUACGCGCGCGACCUGGGUUUCUUCUUCGAGCCCGACCCGGCGACCAAGCUGCUCAAGCUGUGUCCCAUGGGCGGUGGGAUUGUCAACACGGACCCGCACACGGGGGUGUCGCAUGCGCCCGACUCUCUCGAGGCCAGUACCGGCUGGAUGCCGGCCGACGACGAGGCGAAACUGCGCCGCUUGCUGGCGCAGACCCUGCCGCAACUCGCCAAUCGCCCGCUGGUGCACAAGUCGAUCUGCUGGUUCGCCGACAGCAAGGACUCGGACUUUAUCAUCGAUUACGUGCCUGGGUCGGAGCACUCGCUGGUUAUGCUCUCCGGCGACUCGGGCCACGGCAUGAAGAUGUUUCCGCUGGUCGGUCAGUGGGUGCGUGCCCUGCUCGAAGCCCCUGACCAGCGCCAGCCUGUGGCGCGCUGGCGCUGGAAAGGCAACCAGAACGAUGAGGGGAAUUGGGGGGGUGCCGUCAGUUGGCGGCUGGGGGAUACCCGGGAGUUGAAAGAUAUCAAGGCGAGACUUUAA